UUUACUGAAAAAGUUGCAGAAGCGAGCGAAGGACGUGUUGAUGUCGAUAUUCCAUUCCGUGAAAUUUGUUUUCAGGGCGUUCCUUUCAGAACUAAUGUCUUGUUACAACCUACAACAGAGUGUCUUGUUCAUCUUACGGAUCUUCCAUUUUUGGUAGUACCAACUAACCGACACCGAAAUCGCACAUCUGGAACGCGUUCAGGUUGUUAA